UCGUGCGACGCUUACGUUCGUCGAACGGUAUACAUGUAUUCGCCAACGAAAGGUACUCGAUUGUAAAUAAAAAUCGCGAGUCGAUUCGUAAGCCAGAUUUCUACGGUAGACUAGUUUUAGAGGCGUGUCGACGAUUCGAUCGACCGAUAGAGCGCAUGGAACGCGGCGAAUCCAAGGCGCGCGAACGACCUAUCCGCUUCGAAGAAAUGUCAGCUUUUUUGUACAGUUCCUGUAUGAUUAGUUUUCCGACGCGCAAUAAAGAGAAUAGCUUUCGAUCUCGUCUUGUCGUUUGUCGAAGGAGAGACGCGUCGUCCUCCAAAGCGUUGCGCUACACCUCCCGCUCUCGAACCUGUCGCCAACAUGGAUUUCUCCACGAUGCUCGGUAAAUAUUGUCUUUUCGCGGUCUGACGACCCGGCUGACGUUCGCGCGCCCCUCGUACUCUCUCGAUCUCUCGUGGUCUCGUUGCACUGUAUGCGCGAUCAGUCCAACCCUCGACGUCCACCUGGACGAACCCCGAGCUCUCCGACUCUUCUUCUCGCGUCUCUGCUUCUCUCUUCGCUUCCGAAUAUUCCACGUUGUGCACGAUUCUCCGCGGGAGAAAGAUGGGAAGAACGCUGCCGACGCCGGUUGCUUGCAAGGUUUGCGGCGACCGAUCUUACGGGAAACAUUACGGGGUUUACUGUUGCGACGGUUGUUCGUGUUUCUUCAAGCGGUCGGUGCGUCGCGGCGCCCUAUUCACCUGCAUAGCCGGAACCGGAGCGUGCUUCGUGGACAAAGCGAGACGCAAUUGGUGUCCGUAUUGCCGCCUGAACAAGUGUUUUACCGUUGGCAUGAACACGGCAGCCGUUCAGGAAGAGAGAGGACCGCGCGUUCGGAACAAGAUCGCAUCCGUCGCGCGUCAUUUCUCUCGCGCAUCGUCGUCGCCACCGCCGCCGCCGCCGCUGCCACCGCCACCGCCACCGCCGUUCGUAUCUCUCUCAUCUUCUUUGGACCCAGGAAUCGUAGCACCGAUUCUAAUCGCAAAGGAGACGGCCGUCGCUGCAAACCCAACGAUGCGAUAUCACGCGACCGACGUUAACGUCGAUAACGGACUGUCUUUCUCGUCGAUGAGACGGAUCCUCUAUUCUCCUCGAGUGCCUACGAUUCUUGUCGCUGGUAAACGAAAUCGCACGGUAGAACGGUCGCAUGGUAGAAACGGAGACACGAUACGAUACGAAGUCGCGGCACGGAUAUUCUUCGCGACCGUGCGAGCCGCUCGCCAGCAUCGAGAGUUUUCGAUGCUCGCUUUCGACGAACAGAAUAAGAUUCUUCGAAGAGGAUGGGCUGCGGCGUUCGUUCUGCGAGCUGCGAUCUGGCCGGUCGAUUUCACUAAUUUUCCAAAAACGACCCUCUCGACGGCUGACAGACACGCUGACAACACCGAACGCCAUCACCAUCGCGCUGUGUCCGCGGCGAGAGCCACCAUCUCCAAUUUGCGUCCCGAUCGAGUCGAGCUCUCGAUUCUGGAAACCUUGAUCCUCUGUCGACCCGAGAUCGCCGAGACGGCGAACGGCAUACGUUUGACGUCGCGAGCAACGGACACCGCGGUGGACACUCUGGUUCGACAUCUCGCUGGUAGAACCGAAUCGUCGGCCAGGAUGGUCAAACUUAUGCUCGUCCUUCCCAUCUUGACGGGAUCCUGCCCCCGGGAACUAGCCAACGAUCUUUUCGCACCUAUCAUCGGUGACGUCGACCUCGAAAAAGUGAUCGCGUCUGUGCGCUGAUUCGAUCGUUCGUUCCACCGUGUUCGUGUAUCUUCCUCCCUCCCAAAAAAAUCUAGUCACCGCGCCGCAAAGUAAUCUCCUAUUUCCCUUCGUUCUUUCCUUCCAUUUUCUUUCCCCUUUUUCCCCAUCCUUCGCAAGCCAACGCGUAGAAAGCGUUUGCUACGUGAAACAUUUACGUUUACUUUCUGCAAAAAUUCGUCACGCAGACGCAACAAGGAACCAACACUGGAUGAAAGAAUUGCGAUCGGCAUUUGUUUUCUUUGGCACUUUAUUGACACAAAUGUAACGAUCUUACAUCGAGUAAUAUGUACAAUCGCUUACAGUAAUAUGGCGCAUCAAAGAGGAUGGAAGAAAGGCGAAGUUGGCGAAACGGAACGCGUCAACGUUAGGCGAAAAUCUGCGACGAUUCGUUGCGCGCUUCCCUUUCGUUUCGUUCAUUCGCUUCCAGCGAUAUUACGAAACGAGUAACGAUAAAUUAUCGGUACGCGUUUAUAAGUAAAAAGGAAAGAUGACGGGAAGAUGCGGUUAGAAAAUAAACUAGAUAUUACCACA